AUGGCGGUCAUAACUAGAGUUCCACCAAAAAAUCUUUGGGAUGAAAUUGUCAAAGAUUUUGCUUCAAGAAAACCACCUUUCAGAGAAGAUGAUGAUAUGUCAGUGCGAACAGACUAUGUUGAUUAUAACCCUGCAAAGCAUAAUCCAGUGUUUUAUGGAAAGAUGCAUGAACAUGUUGUGACAGAUAAUGAUCCUAUGAAAGAUAUAGACCCGUCUACAACACAUCCAUCAUGUGCUGGAUUUGCCUUUACAGAGAAACCUCCAGAAUCGCCACCCCCGCCUCCCACACCUCCACCACCAAAAGAGAAAUGUAAUCCAAGGGAGUAUUUAGAACAUUAUGUAUUUCCAGUCCUUUUACCUGCCCUUGAAGAAAUGCUAAGACAAGCAAAGAAAGAAAAAUGUCUGGAGAGAAAAAGAACAAAGUUCAAUGCCUUAGAUUUCCUCACAGAAUAUUUAUAUAAAAAUAAUCCUUUGCACAGUGGAAGAGAAGAUGUACAGCUUGAGGAAAUUCCUUUUGUUAAGGACUGGUUAAAGGAUCAUCCUCGCCCACCACUACCUUUGUCCUUGAUUUGGACAGAAGAAGAGGCUGUUCUCAUCAUACAGUCUUACUGGAGAGGAUAUCUGGUGCGACGAGAGCCAGAAGUUCAGGAACUUCGCCAAUGGCAGCGAGAAUGGAGAGAGGAAAAUAGCAACAUCUCCAGGCGUGUCAGUGACUUCUGGGAGAAAAAGAUGCCAGAUGGAGAUAAACCCACUCCAAAUGCUUCAGAAGAUGUAUUAACAGGGGAGGCAACUCCAAUUGCUGUACAGUCACCAACAAAACAACUAGAUACCAAGUGAUCAUUAUGAUGGCUGAACAGUGGACAAAUGUUAAAUUAUCUGUGACCAGCAACAUUUGAAGGACACAAUAUAUAAAUAAUGAAAGAAAAAAUACUUCAUUGCAGUAUUUAAAUAUAGUUACGUAUAAAAGUUCUAUCUUCAAUAGAACUGCAAAUAUCGUGCGUAAUUUUCAUACCUAUGUUUUAUAAUGAGUUAUAGAUCAAUACUUAAACAUGACUGAAUUUUAUCGUAGCAAAGAUAUCAAGUAUUCCUUGGAAAAAAAUUCUAUCAUGAUGUAUCCCUGACAAAUUUCCUGAGAUUUUUCAUGUUACAAUACCUAGGAGUUUAUUUAAAUCCUGUGUAAUAAUUCCAGGAUGGAUCUUGACCUAUCUUAAGAACUGUAGAAAUUUUAUUGCUCUUUUACAUCUGAGUAGAAGCAAGGGAUACAAAGGCUGUGAUAUUCCCUAAUAUUGUGAAUCACUAUUUUAUUUGUAUAUGAUAAGUAUGCAUUGAAAUAUUUGAGAUGUUUUUGAAGUACUUAUUGUAAAUAAUAAC